AUGAGUGACAAAAAACUUAACGUGAAGAGCCGGCCUACUAAAACACAAAUGAAAAUGCUGGUUGAACUAUUGAGACUUAAUCCGGAACUUAUGUCAGGAAAAUUCACAGCCAAUAUCACUCAGAAAGUUGCCAAAGAAAUGUGGGAGGAAAUUGCUUGUAAGCUUAACGCGUUACCAGGCGCUGAUAAACCAUGGGAUAAAUGGAAAAAGGUAUGGCAAGAUACUAAAAAUACUGCAACCAAGGCUGCUACUAUCAAACGCCAUAGCCGUGGAACUGGAGGCGGACCGCCUUGUAACAUAAGUUUAACUGAAGUUCAAUCUGAUGCCAUAGCACAAAUCAGUGAAAUCGCUAUUACGGGGCAUAACAAAAGUCAAGAAUCAAUUGUUGAAUUCGCAUUAGAAAACACUUCUACAAAAUUCUUAGAUAGUUCUCGAUUGGAUGAAAAUAUUGAAAUUAUUAUGGAAAAUGAUCCUAACUGUGAGUAUUUUUGA